AUGUCGUUCAUCAGGAGAAUCGUGCACAAUAGUGCCGUCAAGGUCGACCCGCCCGAGGUGUACAAUUGGCGAGUGUUUGCACUUGCGGCCGCAGCUUGUUUCGGGGGAACGCUUUUCGGAAUGGACAUAGGCAUCAUCGGCGGUGUGCUGACGCUUCCUGACUUCAAAGAUGAAUUUGGCCUCACGCACUUAAGCAAGAUCGGAGCGUCCAAUUUAUCCGCGAACUUGGUCUCCGUUAUGCAAGCUGGAGCCAUAGUCGGUGCUCUAGCUGCAAAUCCCUUGUCGGACUGGCAGGGCCGCCGACUCAGUAUCCUUGUCAUCUCGGUCUUUGCAUUCAUCGGCGGUCUUCUACAAGCACUCUCCUAUGGUAGCCUGGUUUGCUUUUACAUUGGACGCUUCGUGGAAGGGUUAGGGCUUGGAGGAGCCACCAUGCUUGCACCAACCUACGUGGCAGAGAACUCUCCACGUGGCAUUCGAGGGCUCCUGGUCGGCUUCUACCAGCUCUUCGAGACGAUGGGUGCAAUGGUCGCAUUCUUCAUCAACUACGGGAGUCUGCUUCACUUGAAGGGACAUGCAACAUGGAUGGUUCCGCUGUCAAUGCAGUCUCUCCCGCCUCUUCUCCUCUUCAUCUCCAUCCUGUUCUGUCCCGAAAGUCCCAGAUGGCUCGCUUCCAAGGAUAAUUGGGACAAAGCAUCCAGCGUUCUGUCUACGGUCCGCCAACUGCCUUCCACCCACCCUUACGUACAGGCGGAACUUCUUGAGAUGAAAACCCAACUCGAUGCCGAAAAGUCUCGACUUGCCGGAAACGGCUAUUGGGCUCUGACGAAAGAGGCGUGGACCAUUCCGGGAAAUCGACGGCGGUCGAUAAUGGUCAUUGGCCUCAUGAUUGCACAACAAAUGACCGGAACCAAUGCGAUCAAUUAUUAUGCUCCCACUAUCUUUACCGAUUUGGGCGUCACUGGGAACACCAACAGCCUUUUCGCAACCGGGGUCUAUGGAAUCGUCAAGAUGUGCUCUUGCGCCAUCUUCAUCGUUUUCCUCGCGGACACUCUUGGGCGGAAGCUGUCGCUGGUCUGGACGGGCCUGUUCAUGUGGUUCUGCAUGUUCUACCUGGGCUUCUAUGUCCGGUUCGAUCCACCAAAGACUGGGGCGGCGAUAUCGAGUGCCGGAUAUGCUGCUUUGGUCAUGGUCUAUCUCUUUGCUGCUGCCUUUCAAUUUGGCUGGGGACCGGUUUGUUGGAUGCUGUCCUCCGAGAUCUCCUCCCAGCGGCUCCGAGGAUUGACUGUUUCCUAUGCGGCUGCAACGCAAUGGGUAUUCAAUCUGGUGGUCGCAAGGGCGACCCCCGUCAUGUUGGAUACCGUGGGUGCCGGUGGUUACGGGACUUACUUCAUCUACGGAUCGUUCUGCUUCACCAUUGGUGUGGGAGCCUUCUUCCUCGUACCGGAAACGAAAGGGCUGACCCUCGAACGAAUGGAUGAACUCUUUGGCGUGACGAACUUUGGUGGUGUGGAGGAUAUAGGCGUGGCGGCACAGCAUGCCAAGGGAGACAUUGAAGCCAUUCAUGUUGAAGAGGCAAAAUGA